GAGAAACGGAUGGAUAUCUGAUGCGGUGGACUGAGGGACUAACGAGUAAACGAAACAGCGUCAUUGGCGGCCACAGAGGCCGAAACGCCACCAAAUCGUUCUUCGUUUUCUUCUUAGAUCUCUCUCUUCCUCACAAUCGCUACAAAAGUGGAACCUCAAACCAGAAUCAACAAAUAUAGAUACCUCUCAUGGCGACUGAAACAAUGAGGAUCAGAGCGAGAAAUAAGUUUUUGCUCUGUUUUCGACCUGUCGCCAUGAACGAAACUUUGAUUUCAGAGGGUGAGCUUUGUUCCGGCGAUCAGGUUUUCGAUUAUAUCUCUGUUGCAGACAAAAAAGGCGUUUCCAUGAUUUCAACUACUUUACCCUCAUCGCAACUCCCUGAGAAGGAUCAGGAGAGUUCCAAGUUCUCUGCAAAUGAUAAGUCCAGUAGUCGUCGUCCAAAGAAAAAUGCUCGCCGGAUCUUUUCUGCUUUGAUGAAUGCCGCUUUCUUCGAGUCCAAAUUGAAGAGAAAACUUCGAAACAGAAAAGUGAGACAAGAUCCAUGUCGGCCGGACGGUAGCCAAGUGGUGAAAACCGAUAAACUUCCUUAUGUAAUCCGAUUUCCAAAAAGUUCGGAUUUUGAAGACAUGAAUACCGAUUCCGCGGUUUCCUCAUCUUUAUCAUCGUCAUCUUCGUCUUCUACUUCUACUUUUAUCUCAAGGUCCUCUACUUCUUCUGAUUCAUCGUCAACCGGGAGAUCUUUGUCUGGAUUGAACUGGGAAAACUCAAUCCACUGGAAUUCCUCAGAGGAAGAACAGAGCGAUCGUUCUAUUAGGUCAAUUCAGAGCAAUCUCCAAGAGCGUAGACAGAAAUCGAAGAAAAAGAGAACUGGGUUUGGCUUUUACAGUUCUUACUAUGGAUUGCUUCUGAUUCUAAUUAGUAUUUUCUUAGUGAUCUUCUCUGGUCGAUUUUAUGCGAUUCUCUGCACAUCGACAUUGUUCUACUUAGCCCCUCGGCAGGUUCAUCCCAUUACCCAUUUCCCAGAAGAUAUGGAGCUAAAGCGACCGAUUACUGAAACUCCAGAGUAUAAGAAGAAAGUAAUAAUGACAGGUUUGUUGGGAAGGAGACAUUGUUGAGUAACUCGUGAGCUUUUUCACAGGCAAUUAAUUUUGACGUGUUGAAUUCCAUCUCCAUCUCAAUCACCAUCUCCCAUCUCUCAUCUCUCAUCUCCAUCUUCCCUGCUUUGUAAUUAAAAUUUUCAACCACCCCACUUACCCUUUUGCUGUUCCUUUUUCAAUCUUUGAUCAUAUUUUAUGGCGAAAGCUCAGUUCAUUGUAUGUAUCCAUUAUUACAUGUAAAAAGAGAAGGAGAAGAAAGCUAGAACGCUCCUCCUUUCUUCCAUAUUGGUUUGUCGAUAAAUGAGAAUUACAGGAAAAAAGGUUGCAACUUUAUGCU